UAGUUGAAAUCGAAGCUACCAUUUUGCAAAAGUUUUGCACGUGUUUUGCUCUUGAAUUAUUAAGUUUAAAGUAACCAAAUAAAACCAAAUGGCUGAGGAAUCGUUUUAUGGCGUCACUCUGACUGCAGAGAAUAACAGUGCUACAUGGGAUGUUGUGUCCGAUUGUGAUUAUCCCCGUGGACAGAAGCUUGUUAUCAAGCAAAUCUUGCUGGGCGCCGAGGCUAAGGAAAACGAAUUCAACGUGGUUGAGGUGACCACAGUUAAGGACAAUGCACAGAUACCCAUUGCUGUACUCAAGGCAGGCGAGACACGUGCCGUUAAUCCUGAUGUGGAAUUCUACGAAUCGCUGGUUACAUUCAAGCUAAUUAAGGGCAGCGGCCCUGUCUACAUUCACGGACAGAAUAUUAAGGAUGAUGUCGAGGUUGUCGACAUGGAGGAGGAGGAUGAGGAAGACGAUGUGGGCGAGGAUGAGGAGCUUGAGAACCCAAAGAAACGCGCAAAGAUUGAGCAGAAUGCUGCCGAUGGCAAAAAUGCCAAAAACAAGAAGAAAUAAACAGCGUUCGCUCUAAGCUAUAAAACUGUAGUUUUUAAACAAAAAGAAAAUGUUUUAGGCCCUAUAUACACUUACCGUACACAACUACAUACAUGAAUUUGAUGUAAAAGUCUACAACAAUAAAAAUAUGUAUAAUUUUAGUUCCUUGCUCUGCUCCUUAAAACAUUCAAAAAUCAUAUACAAUUUAACUCUUAAGCAAUAAACCAAACUUGCAGCAGAUCAUAUUUUGUAUAUAAAAGACUUACAAAAAAAAAAGAAAACAAAAAAAUAUCUAGCAAUGACUAAAGUUCGAAGCGGCCUCCACACUUGAUAAACACUAAAAUUAAAAUAUUCAAACUGUAUUCAAAAACAAA